AAUCAAUCAAUCUUCUAAAAACUUAAAUUAAAUUCUCUUUUGUGCUUUUGUAAAUUUUUGUUAACUUUUUAAAAAAUUAUGUCACAUUACAAUUACAAUUUAAUUUUAUUUGAUUAAUUUUAAUGAUCUUUGAACUUACUUAAAAUUUACAUACCUAAUUUGUUUUAGACUUAAGUAUUUAUAUUCAGAUAUAAACAAGAUGCAAGAAAUAUUUCCAACGUUGGUAUCUUGCAAACCUUUGCAAAAUGAUUUUAAAUGUUUACAACAAAUUGUUGUAAAUUCGGAAAAGUUCACCAUUGGCCGUGGGCCUCAUAAUAACUUGAAUAUUCCAUAUCUAGCUAUAUCAAGAAAUCAUUGUAAUCUGAUAAAAAAUGAUAAUAAUUGGAUUUUGGAAGACCACAGCACAUUCGGUCUCUACAUAAAUGGCGUUAAAUUAGGAAAAGGCAAUAGAAAACAAGUAAAUCAUCAUGAUGUAAUUACACUGGACGAUUCAAAGGAAUUCGUCUAUAAAUUUUUAAAUGAAGAUGCACAAUUGAUGCCUUCAUCUGUUAAACGUAUAAAACUGGAACCUGAAGAAGAUCACAAAGACAUAAUAAAUGAUAUGAAAAUGAAAUUUGAAGAAUCACAAAACCAUGAAAUGAAGCACAUAGAACACAAAAUUGAAAACACUAAACAUAUUAAAACCACAAAUAUGAUAUUAAAAGAACAAUUGCAAUUAGACAUGAAAAGAGAAAUUAAAAAACUAGAAAAGGAAUGUGCAGCAAAAAUAGAAAACUUGAAGGGUGAGAAAAAUGAAGUGGAAAGACAAAAGGUUCUUCUGAUCCAAGAGAGGGACACACAAUUAGCGACUCUGAAAGAGAACAUGGAGCGUAAAAUAGCUGAGCUCAUGGAACAAAUAAGAAAGCACACUGAGAUAGAGUCUGAACUUAUUGUCGAAAACAAUUUACUGAAGGAAAAAAUGCUUAAGGAAAGGGAAGAGUUCCUCUCAGAGCUGAAUCGAGAGAGUUCAUUGAAACAGGACAUGUUGAAUAAGUUGGAAGCAAAAAUGAAGGAGCAAGAAGAGGUUCGAUUAAAAGAGAAACAAGAGUUUGAGUUAAUUUUGCAAAAGGAAACAGAACAACUAAGGCUAGCCAAAGAAAAGGAAGUCAAUGAACUAGUAGAGCAAAAGAAACAAAAGGAACUAGAACUGAUGGAGGAACUUAAAAAUAUAAAGAAAAAUCUGGAAGAACAGGAAAUGCAAAAACUUGAGGUUCAACAGCAAUAUAACAAUCAUUUAGAUGAGAUUCAGAAAACCAAGGAAUCUGACAAACUAAAACUUGAACAGAUGCAUACAAAAUUAAAUGAAGCCCAAGAAAAUGCUCAAAAAGCCAUUGAAGAUUUGAAGAAAAAAAUCGCAGAUAGAGAAGUUGAACUGAAAACUCUAGCAGUUGAAAGAAUAAAACAGCAAGCUGAACAAUCAAGCGAGGUUAUAAGCUCUUUACAGGACCAGUUGGAAAAGGUCCGAAACCAGCUGCACAGUGUUGAGAGUGAGAAUGUGAAACUUCUCCAAAACACAACAGACAAAAUGGAGGGUACUUCAAAACAAACGCUAACAGAAUUUGGUGAAAUAAUGGAGAGCGAACUGCAGUGCAGUAUUUGUGCCGAGCUGUUCGUGUCGGCCAUCGUUCUCAACUGCUCUCACACAUUCUGCAAGUACUGCAUCACCAUGUGGAAGAAAAAGAAGGCGGAAUGUCCUAUAUGCAGGACACUCAUUACUUCUGAAUCUAAAAGUUUAGUGUUGGACUCGUUUAUAGAAAAAAUGGUACAAAAUCUCACAGAAGAAAUGAAGCAGAAAAGGAAAGACAUGCUGCAAAGUAGAGAAGAACAAGAGAGAGAAAUGAAACAGCCCAGUACCAGCAACAGACGACGAGGUAGCUCGUAUGGAUCAGAAGGAGACUUCGAAUACCUCGAGGAGGAGGAGGAAUCAGAGGGCUACGAGGAAUACGAGGACUACGAGGCGUUACACCACUACGACCCCGGCGACGAGGAAUACUGGGAUGACUUUGGAAGUAACACCGAUUCCGACAGUGGACCUGACUUCGAUUUCGGUAUACUCGAACCGAACUCGGGCCAAUCCGAUAAUGCUACAGGAGCUGGUGCCGGAGGAAGUGAUAAUAGUGGGUCAAGACAUCGAGGUCGGGUACCAGGUCGGCCCGGCGCCUACUACGGCGGCUACGGGCGAUGCUUCACCUGCGGCGCUCGCGGCCACUGGGCUCCCGGGUGCCCAUUACGCGGCGACUAGUGUUCACAAUACAAAUCAAUUCUAUUAAACAAAUUAAUUAAUUUUUAAA